AUGGACGGCCCGGGUGCGCGCGCCGCUGCCGCGGCCCUGCGCGCGGACGCCCUCGUGGACCUCUCGCGCGAGGCGAGCGACGAGGCGGUGCUGGCGGCGCUGGCGGCCUGCGGCGAGGCGUCAGACCUCGCGCCUGGCGGCCGCGGCCCCGAGGCCCUGGCGCUGUGCCUCGCGGCCGGGCGCGGGGACGCGUGCGCGGUGGAGCGGCUCCUGCGCGCCGGCGCGGACGCCGACGCCGCCCCCUGCUUCGGAGGCAUGACCGCACUCAUGUUCGCGGCCCGCUCCGCCCACCCGCAAGCGCUGGAGUUGCUGCUGCUGCGGCCAGACGUGUGCCUGCACGCCACGACGCGCGAGGGCGCCACGGCCCUCUCCCUGUGCCGCGGGGAGGCCACCCGCCGCAUGCUGGCGCACGCGAUCGCCGACCGGAGCGGCGACGGCGGGCGCUACGCCCUGCUGCAGGCGUGCUGCCUCGGCCACGGUUGCUCCCUGCGGGCGCUCCUCGCUGCGAAGGUCGACCCCAACCACGCCGACGAGCGCGGCCGCUCCGCCCUGGCCGUCGCGGCCCUGCGGCGGCACGUGGAGGCCUGCGAGGUCCUGCUCGCCUACGGGGCGGACCCGCGCGGAGUGUCGGCUUUGCAGGCCGCGCCAGACGCGACCAUCCAGACGGUCCUGCGGCUCUACCACGGCGCGCCCUGA